AUGAGUUUGGAAGGCGGAAUAGAAGAUCUACAAAUUGAAAAAAUUGAGGAAAAUGAUAAUGUAAGUUCGGUAUUUGUUAGUCAUGUGGUUUUCAUUUUUUGCUGAAAUUCAUAUUCCAGUUAUGCUUCAAUUCCCAUGUUGGUUGCACAUCUUGUGGACGGCCUUCUCCACCACGACGAUUGUUUUCAAGUAAGUGUUAUGUUACAACUAUAAUUUAUCAUAUGUGAUUCAAUUGCAGGUCCUCCGAGACAAAGUGCCUCGGAAAAAGUGUCGGAUGGAAGUGGAGCUGAUAUUUGUAGAUAUGAUUUUUUGGCCAGUUAUAAUCCACCGAGAAGAAAUGAGGAAAAAACAGAAGGAAUUAUCAAAUUGAAUAUUGCUAAUCUUUCAACUUUGAAAUCAAAAACUAGCACUUCUUUUCAUAUGAUCGCGAAUUUACCAUGGUAUGUUCAUAGUUUUUUUUAAUUAUUAGUUUUCAAUUUUCAGGAGACUUGCUGCUAAAACUGAAAAGACAAAAAGAACAUCAGAUGUGAAAUUCUUUUCAGUUUAUAUCGAUUGCAAUCCAGAAAGCGAAAGCACUUUAUGGUCCUGUGAUGCAAUUGUUGAAUUUCGUCUUUUAUCUCACAAAGUUGAUGAAGGACAAGUUCAUUUUUGCCGUCAAUUCACAAAUAAAUUCAAUUUCAAUUCAAAUAAUUGGGGUUUUCCAAGUUUCAUGGAAUGGAGUGAUAUAACAUCAAAUGAAAAAGGAUAUGUAAAAAAUGAUAAAGUAACUGUCGAAGCAAGAAUAACUGUGCAAAAAGUAAUUGGAGUUCGAAAUUCGCCAACUUUCGAUUUUCUCGCUUUUCAACCAAAUGUUGCUGAUAUUAUGCUAGUUAUUGAUGGAAGAAAAUUGCAUGUCAGCAAAAUGUAUUUAGCUUUAUAUUCGCCUGUAUUUUAUGCAAUGUUUUUCUCAAAUUUCAAAGAACGAGAAAAGAAAGAAAUCGUAGUUGAAGAUGUUGUAUUCGAAGAAUUUAUUGAAUUAUUGAAUGUUGUUUAUCCAAGUCAUAAAUCAGUCAAUGGAGAAAAUGUUGAAUUUUUAUUAGAACUUGGAGACAAAUUUGAAAUUCAAUAUGUAAUCGAUGAAUGCGAGAAGUUUUUGAUAACAUCAGAAGAAAUUGCAACUAUUACGAAAUUAGUAUGGGCUGAUCAAUAUUAUUUAGCAAAGCUGCAGGUUUGUUUUUUUGGUUAUUGAGGUUUGAUAUUUGAUUACCCAAAUAAUCACAAAUCAUUAGAUUACUGUAGUCAUUCUAACAUCACCUUUUGAUUUUAGGACAGCUGCCUUCGAACAUUCAAAUCUGUUGCCGAAGUAAAAGCAUUGAAACUAACCGAAGAAUAUAAAAAUUUGAGCGAUGCGACAAAAGCGGCUCUUCUCGAAAAAAUGUUCAAAAUUGUAGCAUAA